AUGAUUAAUAAAGAGGUGAAGAUUUUUACAAUAUUCAUAAUAAUAAAAUAAAGUAGCAGAAACUUUAUUAAAAAAUAUCAAUCAAAAAGUAUAAGAUUAAAGCAAAAAAAAAUUUAAUAUCUCCUUUUUAAACACAAUCAAUCUUAUUUAUUUGAUAUUAAUUGCAGAAUAAUGAUCGUUCAAGAUUAGUCUAAUGAGUUUUGUCUUUCCACUUCUCCCAUGAUGUGGGAAUAAUUUCCCUAUAAAUCAAGUCAACCUCAGCCACUUCCAUAAAGAAAAUAAAGAGGUUAGCAAGUAAGUAAGGCAUCAUUACAUGGAACCUAUACAAUAUUUUGGUAAUGUCCAAGCAGCUAAACUCUUUUGAGAUAUGAUAUUACAUUAAAAAGUGAUAAAACAAUUAAAAAUUUCAUUCUGGAUGCAGCUGAAUUUUUCUCUUAAAACUCUACAACUUUUAUACAUCUAUAUGAAGAAAUAGAUAACGUUUAAUUAUUCAUAGCUAAAGAAAAUGGCUCAAGGUCAACCACUUAUCCACCUGUCUCUAUCUAAGAAGUUCCUACUGUUUUCACAUUAUUUAAGACACAAAGGAAGAGAUUUUUCCUUUUGGAGAUUAAAUAAAAUGGAGACGAUGAAAAAGUGUAAGAAAAUAACAGUAGCUCUACUAACAGCAGUGAAUUGCUGAUUGAUGCUCAUAAAAAAGCUUAAAAUUAUAGAUAAUAAACUAAAGAAGCAGAUAAAGCUAUUUCUAUAUGUUCAAAAAGCUCCAAAAUAUAUAACAAUAGUUUCCAUAGCUAAACCUACUCAUAGAAAGAUUCCCCUCCAUCUGCUAGUAAACCAAUUUAGUAAGCACAAGUAAAAACUAAUAAAUCUUUAUGCUGGUGCUUUUGUGACUGA